AUGUCGAGCCCCGACAGGCACCACGCGUACACCGACCUCCCGGCGUUCCCGCACGGCCACGCGUUCCCGUACGCCGACGAGGGACACGGGUUUGGCGGCAUGCCAGAGUACCUGACCCGAUUCGACAUGGUGCUGGCCGAGGACACGGCGUGGCUCGUCAGGAAGUCUGAGAUGUCCACGCCCUUUGACGUGGACGAAGAGCUCCUCCGGUCGAAGGAGGCGGACCAGGGACCGGCAGUCGACAGUACGGCGGGACACAGGGGUCCAUGUCCGGGCCUGAACGGACAGAUGGACGUGGAGGACAGGUGUCUGGAGCAGGUACAGAGUCUGGUGCUGGGAGAGGUGCUGAAGGACAUCGAGACGGCCUGCAAACUGCUCAACAUCACACCAGAUCCCGCCGAGUGGAGCUCUGGACACGUGCAGAAGUGGCUGCUGUGGACCGAGCACCUGUACCGACUCCCUCAGGUGGGGAAGACCUUCCAGGACCUGAGCGGCAGUGACCUGUGUGUGAUGAGCGAGGAGGACUUCAGGCAGCGUUCCUCACAGUGUGGAGACGUGCUGUACGCUCACCUGGACAUCUGGAGAUCAGCUGCUUGGAUGAAAGGAAGAUGUUCACCAGAGUCCAACAGUUUUAUCGGAGCCGAUCCGCUGUGCGCCGAGCCCGAUUCGUCCUGCAGCGGGCAGCCCAUCCAUCUGUGGCAGUUCCUCCGGGAGCUUCUGCUCAAACCUCACAACUACGGACGCUCCAUCCGCUGGCUCAACAAGGAGAAAGGUAUCUUCAAAAUCGAAGACUCUGCCCAUGUGGCUAAGCUGUGGGGGAUCAGGAAAAACCGCCCGGCCAUGAACUACGACAAGCUGAGCCGCUCCAUUCGGCAGUACUACAAGAAAGGCAUCAUUAAGAAACCGGACGUCUCGCAGAGGCUCGUUUAUCAGUUCGUCCAUCCGGUGUGA